UGGGUCGACCUCGAGGCGCGAUGCCUCAGGCGUACUUCAUCACGCAACUAUCACGAGCCUCUCUGUCGUUAUAUACGACUUUCAGUUUUUCUUCUGAUUUGGGAAAGAAUCAAACUUUUGAAUGUGAAGUUGCUUCUUUCGUCUCAAGAUCUCUCUUUAUCUCUCUAUCUGUUUGAUUGAGGGUUUUUGUUGGAUGGCACUUUGUGGUGUUUGUUCGACUCCAAAUCUGCCGAAUUUACAAGUGUUUCGUUCUGUUAGGAACUCGAGCAUUGGUUAUAAACGAAACCAUAGUCUAUGGCAGCUCAGAAGUUCAUCAUUUCGUGCUAAAUCUGUGAUAUUUCAUUGUUCAUCGUCCUUAAGACAGUCACCAUCUAAUGUGGAGGAGAUAGAUGAUAAUCCUUCGGUAUCAUUAGAGGAUGAAUCAGCACAUGUGAUGCAGUUCAAGUGGUCUGAUUUUAGGAUUCUUGAUCGUGUUAGCAUUGGUCAUGGCGGCAGGGCUGAUGAGCUUGUGUUUGAAGCUAUAGUUCAGGUUCCAGAUAGCCCUUUGUUUAACCAAGGAGUUGUUCUUCGGAAAUUGAAUACCACUCGAGCUCAAAGACGAGGAAGAAGAGCUAUAGAAGUUUUUAAGAAGCUAGUUCGUCGGAGACUUCUCUACCAUUCUUACUCAAUGCAAGUUCACGGUUAUAUCACCAAUAACUUAAGCGAUGAUCAGUACUCAUUUACCCUUGUACAUGGGUGCCAUGGAAGUUUCUCGAUUAGGCACUGGCUUCAACAAUCUGAUUGGAUUCCAACAUUAGAAGCUACUCUUGCAUUAGAUGAAGAAUCCUUUCGAAGGGUGGGUGAUGAUACUACUGGAGGGCCUGCAGUUUCAAGGCAGUUAAGACUAAUCCGUACACUAAUGAGGGAUAUUUUGAUCGGAGUCAAUUACUUGCACAGCCAUGGUCUGGCUCACACAGAACUGAGAUUGGAAAAUGUGCAUAUUAGCCCUGUGGAUAGACAUAUCAAAGUAGGGAUUCUCGGAAAUGCUGCUGACUUUAACGGGGAUGUUCCAAGUACUAGCAACGCUUACAGUACCAUGGACAGACGACAAAUGAUGAUAGCAUUUGACAUGAGAUGUGUUGGAUUCAUGAUGGCAAAAAUGGUACUUCAAGAAUUGAUGGAUCCAUUAAUCUUUGCGAAAUUGAAGUCUUUCCUGGCAAAGGGGAAUGAUCCUUCCUCGCUGCGGGAGUUUUUUGUGACGACGCUCAAUACAAACUCUGAAUCUGGAAAUACCGGAGUGCAAAUACUUGAUAGAAACUGGGGAGCAGGUUGGCACCUUUUAUCUUUGUUAAUUGCUACCAGACCUUCUGAAAGAAUAAGUUGCUUGGAUGCUCUUAAGCAUCCCUUUCUAUGUGGACCAAGAUGGCGUGUUGCCCCAUCAAUGGAUAUCAUCAGAUGGGGUCUUGGAUCAACCGCAGUAAAGAUUUCAGAAGAAUACAUUUACCGCAUGCCUCAGCGCCAAAGACUUGCCCACUUCAUUGGACUGAUGGAGAUGCUAAAUCCUUAUCCAAAGCCAAACGUAUGAAUUACCACCUCUCAUGAUUCUUGAGCUUUGAUAUAUGUAUUGCUUAUUCUAGUGUGUUAUGUGUGAAAACAAAAUUGUUUUAAUCUCUUGUUUAACACAGUGUUGGUUGGAGCUUUUACCGGGAAGAUGGCGUCUUUUAUACUCAACUGGAAAGCACAUAGGUCUAACUCUGCGUCAGCCUUCCACACGUGCCUUAAUAGGCAACGUUCACUUAACGAUAACUCGAGCUUCAGAAUCCAUAAACAACACUUCACUUUCCUUUACCUCUGAUAUACGCUUCACUGCCAUAACCAGCAAAGACUGGCCACACAACAAAAUCGGAGCUGCUGGGAAAUUACAAACGCUCUCUCAAUUCAGACUAAUAGCUGGAAAAAGACUUUACCUCAAAGAAGAGAAAAAGAACAUUGGUAAGUUCUCAAUGGGUGAACCAGAUGCUGAAGAAGGUUUAGCCGAGAAGCUUGAAACCGAGAAAUGGAAAAAAGUCGUGCCCUUCAAGGAGUUUCCGUCGAGUCUUCCUGUAGCAAAACUCGUCUCUGGAGAAAUCGAAGUGACGAUGAACAUGAAUGAUCAUAUAGAUUCACCUGGGAGUGUGAUUGGAGAAGUUAGAAAGCAAAUUCCGCCGGAAAUGUUCGAUCUUUCUAAGCUUGUGUGUGGGACUUAUAUAGACAGUAGGUUACUUGUACUUAGGUGUGUAAAUGGUUCAGCAUUGUUGUUCACAAGGUCCAGCUUGGACCAUAAGUCUAUGUAGCCAUUUGGCUCAGGUUCUUAUGUAUAUAACAAAUGAAUCAUUCUUUUUGGGACUAAACCGUUGUAGUCUCUGUGUAUGUUGUGGUAAUGUAUGCUUUUGGCUUUUAGGUUGUAAUAAGAGCUUUUUAGUAAAAGCUUUAUACUAUGGUAUUCUUUUCAUGAUUAUAAUAGAAACACAAUGAUUUGCAAUACAUCUGUCUAAAGUUUGUUCUGCAUAUGUAAAUCAAAUUCGUAAUUCC